CGGGAAUUGGAACAACGCAAGUGGAGCGACGUAGUUUUUCUUGUCGGAGGCGACCACUCAAUUGAAGUCGAAAAAUCCAAACCUGGCCAACGUAAACCGGAAGCUUUUAGUCUCCACUAUGUCGACCGCCCAGGCAAACCCGGGUUUAUGGAGUGGAUCGAGCAUAUUGGGGUUGGGCCUCCAGAAUUUUUUUGGGCCUAUGGCGAGCGUCGCGACGAACGAUAUAGGGCAUUUGGCGUAGAAACGCAUAUCGAUGGUUUCAGGGGGCUACCUCCGAAUGAAAUUACAGAUAUUGCAACUAGCGUAAGCGAUGUCAUCGUGAAUGUCGGUUACGACAAAGGGCAAGGCCAAGGUGAGGCUGAGGCGGUAGUUAUCCAUGUGGCGCUUCAGCAGGAUCCUCAAAAGCAGAGUAGCGGUGCCACUCCAGAAACAGCGGCAUUAUUAAGGAUCUCGAAAGGUGACGACGACGAGCGCAAAUGGCUUAAGGAUUUGGUAGCGCCGCACCUUCAGACGAUAAUACUGAACGCACAAGAUGAGACUAAAAAGCGUAAUAAAGGGUGGCGGGGUCAGGGGCGUCCUGCAUAAAAUUACUCAGUAGAAUUAUGAGAAGCUUAUCGAGAUGAUACUAAGAAGUGCCGGGUAGUUGUAAUAUUAAGGUUUUUUGGCGUCUUGGACGAUGUUUGUUUUUGGCGUCUUGGACGAUGGCGGGUGCCAGGAAACUGGCGAAUGUGCUAUUCCUUAUUCUUUUACUGCAGAAAGCCCCUGGUUUCGGAGCUGGGGGCAACCUUUAUCGUCCUGAGUAGCACGCCAUCCACCCACGAACUGGAUUAUGCUACCCUGGACCCGGAGUUCGUUUAGACUCUUUUAGAAUCCCAGAGGCGCUGCGUUGGAAGUGGAAGAAUAGCAGCUACCUGAGAUGUUUGAACUGCAAAAAGUGGAAGACUGAACUCCAAGAGGAAGAAAUGACGUUACAGGCUAAACCCAGACGAGUAGACCUAUAUAAAAAAACACAAGGAGAAGUGCAUUAAAAAGGUGAAAAAAUGAGCUAUAAGAGGUGCUUGCAACUAAUUAAGUCGGGCCUCAACCUCGUGCUAGGUAAAUGAAUGAAUGAAUGAAUACUAUUUGAGAGUGUAUAAUUAAGAUCGGGCAUCGUCGAUCUCGAUUGGUGCGCUCAUUCUUCAGGCCGUUGAAGAUGUCGAGACUCGUAAUGACAAUGACGAGUCAAUGCAUAGCCUUGCCCUUGUGCUAUAGAACAGAAGUGCCAUCAACAGAACUACUUGAAGUUGAGACAUGCCAUAGAUAGUAGAAAAAGUAGGAAGGAU